CAAAGCAGCUACUUCCUGUGUAAACUGUUAGUCGAUUCACAUCCAGACGGCCGCAGCGACUGCGACUACUGUGUCAUCCAAGAUGCUGGCUCUCAUAAACAGGCUUUUGGACUGGUUCAGGUCCCUCUUUUGGAAAGAAGAGAUGGAGCUUACAUUGGUGGGGCUUCAGUACUCCGGAAAAACCACAUUCGUCAACGUGAUUGCAUCCGGCCAGUUCAGUGAAGACAUGAUUCCCACAGUCGGUUUCAACAUGCGAAAGGUCACUAAAGGCAAUGUGACAAUAAAGAUAUGGGACAUAGGUGGACAGCCCCGCUUCAGAAGCAUGUGGGAGCGCUACUGUAGAGGGGUCAAUGCUAUUGUUUACAUGGUGGAUGCAGCAGACCGAGAGAAGAUAGAAGCUUCCAGAAAUGAACUGCACAACCUCUUAGACAAACCACAGCUACAAGGAAUUCCAGUUCUAGUGCUGGGCAACAAACGAGACCUACCCAACGCACUUGAUGAGAAACAGCUGAUUGAAAAAAUGAAUCUAUCUGCCAUUCAGGACCGAGAGAUCUGCUGCUACUCUGUCUCCUGCAAAGAGAAAGACAAUAUAGAUAUCACACUGCAGUGGCUCAUCCAGCAUUCAAAGUCGCGGAGAAGCUGAAAGUGAAGCCUCCCCAGUCGCAGCUCUGGCCUCAGCCCCCUAAUGGUCAUGGGUCCUUGACAGCCAUCCCUUCCACUGCCUCUGUGAAGUAAUCCAGCUCUCUGCUCACUACCGUCACCACCUGCACCACCCAGUACACUACCAUAGAUGUGUAGCCCCUGUACAGCACUACCGCCACCCCAACUAUCUGGAGUCUUGAAAAGUUGUUUCAGUACUGUGCUUGAAGGUGGAUUGUCCAUACCCAUCAUGCCUUAUCGCCCAUCAUUGCGGACAUGCUCUGUGUCUGAGUACAUUUAUUUUCAUUUAAUGGCUUCUGUUCCUUUCGUCACAAGAAUCUAAUGAUGUUGCAAUGUACAGUUCCUCGGCUACACUAGGAUGGAGCUGCUGUAAUGCCUGUCAACAUUCGAUGUUUACGUCACGAGGUUGUGAUUGUAGUUUUUAAACAGUUUGCCAAACGAUGAUGUUUGCUUGCGCUAAUGCCUUCAAUUCCUGAUAAACUCUUAGCAAUGUAGCCUGCAUUUUAUUUGCCGGCAUAUGGAAGUAUCUAUUUUAUUAAGUGACUUAAAUCAAAGUUUACACAUAACCUAAAAAUGAAUAGAAGGUAAGACUGAGUGGUUGUUGUGUCUGAGGGCAAAAUCUUAAGAUAGGUCAGCAGAGUUAUAAGUGCCUUUGGCUGAGUGAGUGUCCCAAUGAGACAGUUAUUGCCCAAUGCAACUUCUAACCCACUAUUAUAAAUAAACACUUGGUACAGACACAGCAUAAAUCCCUUGAUUACACUUAACACCACCCCUCGACAAUCUCAUUUUAUGUUUGUAAUCACAUAAACACAUUAUGAUGUCUGAGAAAAGACAGUACUGUAAUGACGAUGAAAAAUGAGAAAUGAAGUAAUGGACGAUGAGGAUGCGAGGUGAAUGAGGAAAUGUUACAAUUUUUUAUUUUUUUUUUUCCUUUUGGUUGAUGGGUGAUUUGAAUGCUGUUUCACUUGUAGCCUGUGACUUUUAUGUAGCUUGAAAUGUGGGCUAACUUUUGCUUGCAGUUCUCAGGUUGUUAAAGGAUUUUUAAAAAUAAUUGUCUGAUCACCGUAUGGGUGUGCCCACAUAUCUGUUUCAUAAUCCCUACUUUGUCCGGGUUGGAUAACAGAAAGCCAGUGUUUGUCAUGAUGACUGAGCUUACGGAGAACGGGAGCCAGUCCAUUAGUUCAAAGCAUUGGAUGCUUGAUGUCAUCCAUGCAGUGCCACACCCUUGUCUGAAUCCUGAUGUGUUUUUGUAGAAGCCUUAGCAGUCAAAGGACAACACUGUUUCCUCUAAGAGUGACGUAUUGAUUGACACGUCUCUUCCCUUCAGCGACAUGACAAUGAUGAGGUUUGACCACUGUAUAUUAAUCUGCCCCUUGCUUGGCCAGUGCAUCUUGAUUAAAUUUAAGUUUUUUUUCUAUGUGUGUGUGUCGCUGGAUCAGAAUGACUUAUCCCUUCUGCUACAACACUAUGUAGGCCUACAUGGUUUCUGCAUAUCACUGUAAUGUCUAAAAAUCCAUCACACGCUCUCUGUUAUCUCAUGUUGUUCUGUGUCUGUUGGUGAUCGUCGUAAUCCUAAAUGUCAAUUGUUGGGACCACAGCAGCAGUGAGGGGCUGUGAAAUUUGGGUGACUGUGUGGGUAAUUUGGGGAAAGCUUUGUAACCCGUGUAAUAAUAUAGCCUAUUUGCAAUUUGUAUGUGCAUGUGCUGAACUUAUUCACAUUCAAUUGCAGACUUUGUAAAUAAGACGUUAGCAUUUUUAUUCCCACAAAAGCUCCUGUAGAUGUCAUGCAUUCUUUCCCUGUGAUUGCUAAUAAAAUUGUUUUUAUUUUUAA